AUGGCGUCCAAGGUCGAUUACCAGAUCGCCUCGUUGGCGGCCGGCUUCACCAUCGGCUUCGGAUUCUUGACAGUAUGGGAGGCCAUGAAGCAGACGAGGAGGAACCGGAACCCGCUUCGAAGUUCAUACAUCUACAUGAUGUGGGGUGAGAUUCUGGCGAACCUCGUCAUCACAGUCAUCGGCUGGUUGUUCUUGGAUGGGAUUUUAGGACCAACGGUGCCGGUGUUGUUCUUCAUCCUUUUCUGUUGGGUUUUUGAGGUCCAACUGUUGAUGCAAAUCAUCAUCAACCGAAUCGCAGUCAUUGCGGAAAGCCAGAAGACAAUCAUGAGGUUGAAAUGGGGAACCGCAGUGCUCAUCACUGUGAUCAACAUAGCCGUCUUCAUUAUCUGGAUUCCAUCCCAUCUUUCCCCUCCCGUCAAUGACACUUUCGUUCUUAUCAACCACUAUUGGGAUCGCACCUCCAAGGUCCUUAUCCUGAUUGUUGAUGCCGGUCUCAACUGGUAUUUCUUGCGCAUCGUCAAGACAAGACUCCUAAGCCAGCAUGGUCUGGUGAAAUACAAGCCCCUUGUCGGCUUCAACGCCAAGCUCAUGAUUCUUUCUAUCGCUAUGGACGGCAUGCUCAUCGGACUCAUGUCGCUACCCAACCAAGUCGUCUUCAUCCAGUUCCACCCCGUCGCCUACAUGGUCAAGCUUAACAUUGAGAUGUCCAUGGCGUCUCUCAUCACCCGGCUCGCCAAGGAUCAAGACAGCGGCUUCAGAUUCAACUCUCUUUCCUACUCCCAAGGCCACUCCCGCGGCCACCGCACGACACAGCACGAUGCCAACCGCGGCGAGCACGAUGCAGGACUCAAGAGCUACCACCGAGCCAGCGUCGGAGCCGUUCCCGCCGAACUGCAGUUGGACAACAUCCCGAAGAGCGCGAACGGAAUCCACCGAAGAGUCGACGUUGAAAUCAGAGUCGACCAGACGCCCGAGCACUCCAACACUCCUUCGUUUGGUGGAAGAUCGGGACACGACGACACCGGCAGCGGCAGCACUUUCUACAAGAUCGACGACGAAGACUCGCUCACUGGCAACCCCGGCCACCCUCGUUCUCGCUCGCUUGAGAAGAGUAAUUGA